CUUCUGUCCUCCUUGACACUUCCACUUCACGGCUCCAGAUCUGGAAGUCAGACCCGCAGACCAACAGGCGGAUCCACAUCCCUUCCUUUCUUCCGAGAGACAUCCAACUCCCGGCUGCGCUCCUCCAGCCCCUGCGGCCAGAGCUCGGCAGGCAUCCGCUCACUGAGCCGGUCGCGAAGUACCGCGUCAAGCAUCCUCGCCGAGGUCCUCUCUGUCUCUCCUCUGCCCGCUCCAUCACAUCUGUUGCUCCUCUUUGCCUCUCCUUCCUACAAUCAUCAAGCCUCCAAAACCCACCCAAGCCUCUUUGACAACCUCGCGCUUCCCAGUCCCCGCACAUUCCCACGCGCCGGGUCUCUCCCGCUGCCAUGAGCUCCUCCAUCAGCAAGAGCCGCUCCCUUGCCGCCUUCCUGCAGCAGCUGCGCAGCCCGGGGCAGCCCCCUAGACCCGUGACAUCCACCGCGUGCGCGCCGCCUCGGCCGCGGGAGGUGCCCCUCUGUCCCAUGACGGAACGCGGCGAGGCGCAGGACGCGGCAGCUCUCCCCGGUCCCACCAAGUGGCCACUGCUGGGCAGCCUCCUGGAAAUUCUCUGGAAAGGGGGACUCAAGAAACAGCACGACACACUGGCGGAGUACCACAAGAAGUAUGGCAAGAUUUUCCGCAUGAAGUUGGGUUCCUUCGACUCGGUGCACCUGGGCUCGCCGUGCCUGUUGGAAGCGCUGUACCGCGCAGAGAGCGCGUACCCGCAGCGGCUGGAAAUCAAGCCGUGGAAGGCCUACCGCGACUACCGCGCGGAGGGCUACGGGCUGCUGAUCCUGGAAGGAGAAGACUGGCAGAGGGUCAGGAGUGCCUUUCAAAAGAAACUAAUGAAACCAGUGGAAGUCAUGAAGCUGGACAACAAAAUCAAUGAGGUCUUGGCUGAUUUUAUGAGUAGAAUAGAUGAGCUCUGUGAUGAGAAGGGCCGCAUUGAAGACUUGUACAGCGAGCUGAACAAAUGGUCCUUUGAAAGCAUCUGCCUUGUGCUGUAUGAGAAGCGAUUCGGGCUCCUCCAGAAGAACGCAGGGGAUGAAGCUUUGAACUUCAUCAUGGCCAUCAAAACAAUGAUGAGCACGUUCGGGAGGAUGAUGGUCACCCCGGUCGAGCUACAUAAGAGCCUCAACACCAAGGUCUGGCAGGCCCACACGCAGGCCUGGGACACCAUAUUCAAGUCAGUCAAAUCUUGUAUCGACAACCGGUUAGAGAAAUAUGCGGAGCAGCCCAGCAUGGAUUUCCUGUGUGAUAUUUAUCACCACAAUCAGCUUUCAAAGAAAGAACUGUAUGCUGCCGUGACGGAGCUCCAGCUGGCUGCGGUGGAGACGACAGCAAACAGCUUAAUGUGGAUUCUCUACAAUCUAUCCCGUAAUCCCCACGUGCAGCAAAAGCUUCUUAGGGAAAUUCAGAGUGUACUGCCUGAGAACCAAAUGCCACGGGCAGAGGAUUUGAGGAAUAUGCCGUAUUUAAAAGCCUGUCUGAAAGAAUCCAUGAGGCUUACCCCAAGCGUGCCAUUUACAACUCGGACCCUUGACAAGGCAAUGGUUCUGGGGGAAUACGCUUUACCCAAAGGAACAGUGCUGAUGCUAAAUACGCAUGUGUUGGGAUCCAAUGAAGAAAAUUUUGAAGAUUCAAGUCAGUUUCGGCCCGAACGAUGGCUUCAGGCGAAGAAGAACAUCAACCCUUUCGCCCAUCUUCCUUUCGGCAUUGGGAAAAGAAUGUGCAUUGGUCGCCGCCUGGCUGAGCUCCAGCUCCACUUGGCUGUCUGCUGGAUCGUCCGCAAAUACGACAUCGUGGCCACGGACCAUGAGCCUGUGGAGAUGCUUCACUUGGGCAUCCUGGUGCCCAGCCGGCAGCUCCCCAUCGCUCUCUGCCAGCGAUAGGAGGCCUCAGGGGAGCUUCUGGGGUGCGGAGAAUGGCCAAGAGGUUGUUUUUUAGCAAGACCAAGAGCAGCAAUUUUUACCGUCCUGCAAGAACGAUGCUUAUGGCUUGUGCAUUAACGGAAAGCAAACAAACGUCAAAAGCCAGAGAGUGAAACAGCACGUGAAGAAUGUUUCAGCCCAGGUGUCUGUAGUCUUUCUUCUGUCCGACCGUUCCACAAGCUGUCCUGCCUACCCAGAUGAUGGCACUUAUCAGGACCGUAUCCAACUUGGGGAGCACGGAUCGAGCGCCGGAACACAAGGCGCUCUGCAGGGUGUGCUGCUUGGCUCACGGAACUGUGGUCAGGGCCGCCUGACUUACAGAAUUUUCCGUCCUCCUGUGCUUUCUUGUGUCUUUUCAUGACAUGGUGGGGAGGCUGGGCACUUACCAGUUAGUCAGUAAACGUUUCUGGCCCUGCCUUACCAGAGUCACCGCUUGAACCUUUACUUCUCAAAAGUUUACAUUUCACAGUGAAAGACAUACCACAGCGAGCUUGUCAGGGACCCCGGGUCACGCUGACAAUCCAUUUAUUGUAACUGCUUUUAAUAUAAUAUUAGGGGAAAUAUUUGCUUAAUAAUGUAAGCAAAACUAAGUGUCGGUUAAGGUUUUCAGGUCCCUAUGAAACUGUUUUUUUUUUCCUGUUUUGAAAUAGAAACACUACUGGGAAAUUAGAGAAAAUAUCUAUUUUAAGAAGUACUUUAAAUAAGUCAAAACCUCCUAUGUAAGAAUACCUUGAUGAUUUACUGAGGCAUCACUGUGUUAAAUCCUGAAAUUCUUUAUUUAAUUAUGGCCUUGACUCUAUUUAGUCUGUGGCAUUAAGGAAUGGACCGACAGUUUUCAAAUUGUUUGUGCUUGUGUUCUAAUGGCAAUUUGCUUACAUCAUUUAAAAAUAUGUAUAUGGUAUUUGAUUUAGGACUUGUGGUUUAGGGCAAUGUUCUAAAGUUCACAAUUUAAACAUAUUCAGUGGCUUUCCAUGCCUUAAUUUUCCCGACUAUAGAAUGGGUCACUAGUAAAGUGUGCAUACAUUAUAGAUUAACUACAUAACCCAUGUUAUGCGAUGUGAAUUCCUUGGGAAAACGUGAUUUCAUAAAUGGAAAACAUAUAGAUUUAUGCAAUACUUAUAAAACUUUCUUUAAAAUGGUGUUUACAUAUAGUUUAUUUGCACAUGUUUUUACUACUACUUUUCCUAAAAGCAUACGAUACAUUUCUGUAUAUUUGAUAAAGAUUUUCCUUUUUAGGUUAUAUCUUUUAGAAUAUUUCAGAAGUAUACAUUUAUAUCUUUAUAUUUGAACAAAUAAUGUACAUAUCACUAAAAAUAGGUAUAUGCUUUCUCCCCGCUGUGAAAUUUUUUUAGAAUUAUAUAUCCACAUGUGUUGUCAGAUUUCAUCUGUGUAUCUUUGAAUUCUCUAAAAGCAAGAAUAAAAGUUUUAAAACAUA